AUGGCAUACCACCUCGAAGCUAUUUCCUCGUUUCUGUAUGUGGGCCUUGGAUGCCUGAUUGCCUCGACUGUGGCACUAAGUACAGAUACUGGAAGUGAAGGCAACGCCGGUAGCGUCGGUGGCUCAACCCUAAAUAAUGUCAUCAGCGAAGAUCCCGAGUUCACGGAUGUGAUAGAGAAUAUCACUGUGCCCGCGGGGCGAAACGUAAAAUUAGCUUGCUCUGUCAAGAACCUCGGAACCUAUAAGGUUGCGUGGAUGCACUUCGAGCAGUCGGCCAUUCUUACAGUUCACAACCACGUGAUAACGCGUAAUCCGAGGAUUAGUGUCACCCACGAUAAGCACGACAAGCACCGCACCUGGUUCCUGCAUAUCAACAAUGUCCAGGAGGAGGACAGGGGCCGAUACAUGUGCCAAAUCAAUACGGUUACGGCCAAGACCCAGUAUGGAUUUGUCAAAGUAGUGGUGCCGCCCAAUAUAGACGACGCCCUGACCUCCAGUGACAUCAUCGUGCGCGAGGGCGAUAACGUUACGCUGCGCUGCAAGGCGAAAGGUAGUCCGGAGCCGACCAUCAAGUGGAAACGCGAUGACGGCAAUAAAAUCGUUGUCAACAAGACGCUCGAGGUGCACGACUUGGAGACGGACUCCCUGGAGCUGGAGCGCAUUUCGCGACUGCACAUGGGCGCCUAUCUGUGCAUCGCCUCGAAUGGAGUGCCGCCCAGCGUGUCCAAGCGGAUCAAAGUCAGCGUGGACUUUUCGCCAAUGGUCUGGAUACCGCAUCAGCUGGUGGGCAUUCCCAUUGGAUUCAACAUCACGCUGGAGUGCUUCAUCGAGGCGAAUCCGACAUCACUUAACUAUUGGACGCGGGAAAACGAUCAAAUGAUCACUGAGUCAUCGAAGUACAAAACCGAAACCAUUCCCGGCCAUCCCUCGUACAAGGCGACCAUGCGGCUCACGAUUACCAACGUCCAGAGCAGCGACUACGGCAACUACAAGUGCGUCGCCAAAAAUCCUCGCGGCGACAUGGACGGCAACAUAAAGCUCUACAUGUCCAGUCCGCCGACAACACAACCGCCGCCCACAACCACAACGCUGCGGCGGACAACAACAACCGCGGCGGAAAUCGCGCUGGACGGCUACAUGAACACGCCCCUGAAUGGCAUUGGCAUUGUGGGCGAAGGACCCACAAAUUCGGUGAUUGCGUCCGGCAAAUCGAGCAGUAAAUACCUAUCGAAUCUGAACGAGAUUGACAAGUCGAAGCAGAAGCUGACGGGCAGCAGUCCCAAGGGAUUCGACUGGUCCAAGGGCAAGAGCAGUGGGAGCCAUGGCAUCCUAGUGGCCUCCAGUUGGCCCCUCAUCCGCGGGAUCCUUGCGCUGCUCGCGCUGCUGGCGAGGCACUCAUGUGGUUGAGAAUUAUGUGCGAUUUCAUAUUAAUAAAGUGCCAUUACAA